CAGAGGCGGAGGGGCGCGCGGGGCAGCUCCAGCUUGGCUCCUAUCGCGACGCGACCAUGAAACUUCAGGCAGCGGCGCCCCCGCCUUUUUUCCCGCUCCGGCCGUUCCUGCUGCUGCUGCUGCUGCUCCUGCAGGCUGUGGCAGGACGAAGCUCCCUUUACGGCAACCGCUACGCCGGGGAUAAAGUGCUACGGGUUGUUCCUGAGAAUGAGAAGGCAGCAGAGACACUGAAGAUCCUUUCUCAACAACUUGAGGUAGACCUGUGGCAGCCUGGCAGCAUCUCCUACAUCUCAAAGGGUGCAGUUACAGACAUACGUGUAUCAAGGAACAAUUCGCAAAUUCUUCUACCUUACCUACAACAAGCAAACAUCCAAUAUACAGUCCUCAUAUCUGAUCUGCAAAAAGCAGUAGAAAAGCAAAGUGGUUUGGGGUCAUCCAGGAAUCGUAGAUCAUUACCAGGAUACAGCUAUGAAAUAUAUCAUUCACUGGAGGAAAUUCAAAGUUGGAUGUAUCAUCUGAACAAAACUCAUUCAGAUCUUGUCCACAUGUUCUGUGUUGGCAAGUCAUAUGAAGGAAGACCACUUUUUGUGCUAAAGCUAGGCAAAAGAUCACGCCUUUACAAGAAAGCUGUCUGGAUAGACUGUGGAAUCCAUGCAAGAGAAUGGAUUGGACCAGCAUUUUGCCAGUGGUUUGUGAAAGAAGUUCUCCAGACAUAUCAAAGUGACCCAGCCAUGAGAAGAAUGUUAAAUCAACUGUAUUUCUACAUCAUGCCUAUUUUUAAUGUGGAUGGAUACCAUUUUAGCUGGACCCAGGAUCGAUUUUGGAGAAAAACAAGAUCAAAGAACUCAAGAUUCCGUUGCCAUGGCGUAGAUGCCAAUCGUAACUGGAAGGUGAAAUGGUGCGAUGAAGGGGCUUCCACCCACCCCUGCGACGACACAUACUGUGGUCCUUUUCCUGAAUCUGAGCCAGAAGUGAAGGCUGUUGCUCACUUUCUUCGCAAACACCGGAAGCAAAUAAAAGCUUACCUGUCCUUUCACGCGUAUGCCCAGAUGUUGUUGUAUCCCUACUCUUACAAGUAUGCGACUAUUCCCAAUUUCAGCUGUGUGGAAUCUGCUGCUUUUAACGCUGUAAAUGCCUUGCAGUCAGUUUAUGGGAUAAGAUACCGAUAUGGCCCUGCCUCCAGCACUUUGUAUGUGAGUUCUGGCAGUUCUAUGGAUUGGGCAUACAAAAAUGGCAUCCCAUAUGCCUUUGCAUUUGAGCUGCGUGAUACGGGGCAUUUUGGAUUCCUACUGCCGGAGACCCUAAUUAAACCAACGUGCACAGAGACCAUGCUGGCUGUUAAAAAUAUAACCAUGCAUCUGCUGAAAAAAUGUCACUAGGGUUUGCAGCAAAGGGCCAGAACUGUAUUUCUUUUUAACUGUUAUUGAAAAUGUUUAUUACUUAGACAAUGUCAAGUCAAUGGAGCUUAGAAUCUGUCCUGCUGGUGGAGAUCAUCAAAGUGGGGGGAAAUGACAUUCAUAUUGCAUGUAGGUUGAAGAGUGUGAUACAUAUUCAGGGCUAUGUGUAUAAUGGAAUCAUACACUCAAGUGUAGACAUCGGUUUUGAGCUGGAAAGAGUAUGGGUUGGCAAGGUUGAAGAAAUUCUAAGAGCUGGGGCUGAUAGUACAGCAGAGAUGGGCAACCUGUAGCCUUUAAAUGUGAGACUCUAACUCAGGCACCCCCAAACUGCGGCCCUCCAGAUGUUUUGGCCUACAACUCCCAUGAUCCCUAGCUAACAAGACCAGUGGUCGGGGAAGAUGGGAAUUGUAGUCCAAAACAUCUGGAGGGCUGCAGUUUGGGGGUGCCUGCUAUAACUCCUGUCAGCCACAGCUAGCAUGACCAGAGGUCAGGGAUGAUGGGAGUUGGAGUCCAGUGUGAUUUUCUUUGGACAGUGUAUGAAAAAUAAAUGUAAGCCCUGUCGAGGAGGGGGUCGCUUUCUCGAGUCCUCCCUCCAAGAUACUAAUCAAUCACACGCAGGCACCGAAGGGGUUACCAGGUUUAUUGACAUCUUUUCUGCCACCAACUACAGAGCAUAAAAUAGCAAGUUUAAAACAUGACAUGCCCCCCGUCCCCCCGCAGGUUAACUCAAAGAUUUAUAGGGGCUGGGGAAUGCUGGCAACCAGCCAGCCCCAUCACAUGCUCCCACUUUUGGGACUAAUUGUUGCCACCUGCCUGAGGGGCCCCACCCAGCGGUACUUGCUCACAGGAUCACUAAUUUAUGACAAGCCCUGGCCCUCUGUUAUUAGCGUAAAUAAUUGUUGUGGUGCUUACCACAACAAUUAACACAUCGUCUCUGAGUUGGCAAGAAUGGACUGUACAAGGACUGCAUUCCCUCGGUGGUAGUUUGUUGGGGGUCACAUACCAGAAGUGCAUGGCAGAAUAACAUGGACAUGACAACUAAUUUUCUCUUUCUGCCAUUCCUUUCCCUCCCAACUACCCACCUUUUUUCUCACCCUCUUUGUCUUUCAGUCUCCACUCCUCCCACCCACCCCCUACCCCAUAUUUUUCUGCGUCUUGAAAUUUGGAUGAGGGCCACAGGUUGCCUACACUUAGCCUGGAGAAUAAUAUAUGUGAGCCUUAUUGCUUAGGAGUUGUGGAACAGUGAUCCAAUCUAGUUGUAGUUCAUACAUAAUUGGAAUUAAUGCAGAUGGACAACGUCCACAUUUGGAUGUGCAGUAAGAUGUGCUUUCCAAUCUAGAAAAUGAUGCAGCUUCCACAUGAGAAACUCCUUCAUUGGAUUGGGGUGAAAAUGUGCAACUGUACAGGCCUUUGCUCCCCUGAUACUUCUUUUAACAUCAGUUGUAAAUGGAAAUUUUAUAUAUUUUGUUUUUAAUAACACCGGAACUUGUUAAA